AUGGAGUACUUCCAGAAAUACUUCUCACUUCUCACCAUUACUUUUAACCUGCUGGCCUUCCCCGGAGUCAGGGCGGAGCUUAUAUUCCAUAUCCACGAGGGACAAGAAGAAGGAACUUUUAUUGGAAAUGUACGGGACGGUAUUGUAUCGCCGACGGCGAUGCGAUUCAAACUCUUGGCCCAUACAAACUAUUUUGACUUGGAUGCCCAGACUGGAGAUUUAUACACGACAUCCGAGAAACUUGACAGAGAGGUUCUAUGCCCUUCUGAAACCGCGGACCGGUGUUCCAUGGCGCUGGAUAUCUUUACCACAUCCCAGGAAUAUGCCGAGUUUUCCAAAGCGAAGCUUUUUAUUCUGGAUAUCAACGAUAACGCCCCUUAUUUUCCAGAACAGACCUACACCCUCUCCCUUCCAGAGGACACAACCAUAGGGACCAAAUUUCACAUUGACCACUUGGCCAGAGACGCAGAUACCCAAGAUAAUGGAGCCGUGUCAUAUCUUCUGGUGAGCCCAGAUGAUGUGUUUUCUUUGGAUUACCGAUCUGAGCUGAUAUCAUUGGUUCUGAUGAAGUCUCUGGAUAGAGAAUCACAAAGUGAACAUCGGCUGACUCUAAUUGCUGUCGACAGAGGACAACCGCCAUUGUCUGGAACUACUACUUUUGUUGUGAAGGUGACCGAUGUCAAUGAUAACUGCCCUUAUUUCCUUGCAAACAACAUUUCUGUGCACCUUCCCAGGGACGCAUCUAUGGGUACCGCUGUGGCACAAGUUAUAGCGGUUGACAAAGACGCGGGUGACAAUAGCGUGAUUCAGUACCAUUAUAGCUACAGAGUUUCUGAGUCCAUCCGGAAUCUUUUUCAUCUGGAUAGUGCUAGUGGUACGAUAACCUUGUCCGGGUCUUUACCUGAUGACGUAACCCAACAUAAGCUUACUGUAUUAGCCUUUGGCUAUGGCUGCGCACCGGCGAUGGCAACAGUCACGGUACAACUAGAAAUUAAACAACAAGAACCCAAAAUGGAAUUCCGCUUUAUAGGCUCUCAACGCGAAGGCGGUGUCUACAUCAAGGAAGACAUUCUGCCAGGUUCCAUCAUCGCCAUCUUAGAGGUCACCGAUCCCGAUGAUAGCAUCGAGAGGCCUCUUUCCAUUACCGGACCUUCACCUUUCCUUCUAAAGCCCUCUGAUUCUUCUCCUAACACAUACCUGCUGUUGACCUCCACUCCGGUGGACUUUGAGACAGAGAAUCGUUUUGACAUUACCAUCGUUGGCCGUUCAGCUUUGGAUGAAUCUGUCGCCUACACCGAAAAUCUCACGGUGCUCAUAGAGGACGUAAAUGACAAUUCUCCCAAAUUCACAGCAAAUUUUCUAGAAAUAUCUGUUGAAGAAAAUAAUCCGCCAGGAGACACGUUAAUGAGGGUCUCAGCUUCUGAUGCUGACAGUGGACCCAAUGGAGAACUAAGUUAUUACCUGGAACAGGAAGAUUCCAACGUGUUUUCAAUCAACAGUACAAAUGGGGUCCUAAAAGCUUUGGUGUCUUUCGACAGGGAAAAGAAUCCUUCUUAUUCUGUUCGGAUCAUAGUAACAGACCAUGGUUUGCCAUCAAAGAAUGAUUCUUGCCUAAUUGUCAUAAGCAUCUUAGAUCAAAAUGACAAUGCGCCUAUUUAUUCUUCCCAGGAGUUUGUAUUUUAUAUCCCUGAAAAUCUUCCUCGAGGAGGAAACGUUGGCAUUAUAAAUGUGACCGACGCGGAUAUCGGACUGAAUGGGGACUUUUCUGUUUCUUCAUUGAAUGAGACCUCACUUUUUUCAUUCAACCACGAUACCAUCCUCAGAUCUCGAGGUUCUUUUGACUAUGAAAAGGAAAGGAUGUAUGAACUUUGGGUGGAAGCCAAAGACAAAGGAAGUCCAUCCUUGUCCUCCAGGGCCAAAGUUCUUGUCUUUUUACUGGAUGUAAACGAUAACGCUCCUUUAAUAGUUCUUCCAGAGUCAAACUUCUCGUAUGUGUUAGUACCUCCAGAUACAUCGAAAGGAUCUCCGGUUACCAAAGUUCACGCUGUGGAUUAUGAUGCUGGCAUGAACGGGGCCAUAACCUACAGUGAGUUUGGUGAAAUGAGCCCUAAUGCCGAUCUUUUUAAAGUUGACAAGCAUUCGGGCAACAUUACAUUGAAAGAAAGUAUCAGGGAGCAUCAGUGUGGCCUCUAUCAACUCCUAGUCAAGGCAAGUGACCAAGGCUUCCCCGAAGCCCUUUCGACUAUUGUGAGGGUCAACAUUCUUCUCAACCAAAGCAUAAGUAACCGGACCUACCUUGAAUCCUUGAUCAUGAGCUGGACAGUUAUAACCCAAGAGAGCCAGGUCAUCUUGCUGAGCCCAUGUCCGCAGAACCCCCAAACCAUGGCCAUGUUCUCCUGGUCUCUGGCAGCCCCGGUUGCCCUUGUUGUUGUCUCAGUUUCUGUCAUAUGCUGUGUGAUGGGAACCUGUUUGUUUCUCUAUUCAAGGAGGAAAAACUCUAGAAAGAAGCCGAGUCCAGAUGUACAAGUUCCAUUACAAUUAAAUAAGGAUUACAGUGCCAAAGACUGGGAUGAAGUCAAGUACUGUAAAGGCUCUGAAACGCCAUUGACACAGCAGUGAACCCAGAUAAUAU